AUGGGUGCAGUUUAUGGAAAUGAGGCACAUCUAGGGCAAGUCCUCAAAGAGCUCGAGGCAAAGGAAGGCUGCUUGAGGAGUCUGGAGAAACUAGACUGUAAAUACAUCAACCUCUAUUGGCACUGGCCUGGGGUGGAGGGUCUUGACCCAGGGGAUUCUCGUCAUUCAGAGUAUCGAGCACAAAGCUGGGCGGCCCUAGAGGAGUUCUAUGCCAGCGGCCAAUUCAGGGCCAUAGGGGUUUCAAACUACACUGCAAAGCACAUUUGGGAGCUGCUCAUGAGUUGCAGAGUGGCCCCAAGUGUCCCUCAGAUCGAGUGUCAACCUAAGAUAAUCCAGAGGAAACCGAGGGAUUUAUGUACUUUAUAUUUCGGUUUUAGGUUUAAUGUUUACUAUUGGAUGUGUAAUGGGGGUGUCUUGGGUGAUGGUGAGGUAAUGGAUAUAGUGAGGAGCUGUGGUCGGACCCCUGCCCAGGUUCUCCUGAGGUGGGCUGUGCAGCAAGGCAUCUCAGUUCUGCCGCGGUCCUCGCAGCCGUGCAGAGUGCAGGAGAAUGCACAGGUAUUUGACUUCCAGCUAAGUGAGAUGGAUAUAGUGAGGCUGGAUGCCCUUAACUGCGGAACAAGGUUUUGUAAACGAGACUCAAGCAAAGUAGCUUAACCCUGAAGAUAUGACAGUUUCUUUAUUAAUCCCAAGGCAAAAUGUGUGUUCAGCGUAUAAAAUUAUCAUUGUAAAUAGUCAAUGACGUGAUGCAUGUUUUUGUUUAAAAAAAGAAAACAUAAAAAUGCUAUUUUUUACAUGCAAUGACUUUAA